GAAUUCCACCUUCUCAUCAGUAAGCGACUAAGAUGGCUGCCUCUAGACUCUUCCGCUCCCUGUCUUCCAACUUUUCUACAGUUUUGCCUUUACUUGCCCGCUCGACGCCGCCUUCCCCGCUGCAGUUGGCAUCUAAACCCUAUCUCAGAAGGACACUAGCCUCUUCCAGCCGAUUAUUAGCAGCACUUAAAUUCACAGACAAGCACGAAUGGAUUCGAGUGGAGGACGCAGGAAUUGGAACUGUCGGUAUCAGCAAUUAUGCACAAGAGGCUCUGGGAGAUGUAGUUUACUGUGGACUGCCAGAGGUGGGGACACAGCUGGCUCAGCAAGAUGAGUUUGGAGCUCUGGAAAGUGUAAAGGCCGCAAGCGAGCUUUAUUCUCCUUUGACUGGAGAAGUUGUAGAGGUCAAUACACUAUUGACAGACAACCCCAGUCUGGUCAACAAAUCAUGUUAUAAAGAUGGUUGGUUGAUGAAGAUGACUAUUGCCAACCCAGCUGAGCUUGACGCGCUAAUGGAUGAAACGGCAUACGAGAGAUACAUCCGCUCCAUUGAGGACUAACCUAAUACUUCUGUGUUAUGCUCCCUCUCCCUUUUCAAACACUGCUGACAGGGAGACGCACUAGACUUGCCAGUCAAUUACAACGCAGUGUUUAGCAUCCACCAGUGGAGCUCUGUAGCUCCAGAUCGCCGACCUGACAGUGUUGUAGAGCUGUGAACUUUAGGCAUCCUUUAUCUACAGUCACAGACUGACUUUAGCAGACCUGCCAGUCUGCCUUGACUAAACACCCAGUUUUCAGUUUGUGCAGCCUCAAGCAGAUGAUACUGAGGCUCCCAGUCGAUAGAAUAGUUUCCAAGCAUUUCAAUCAAAGUUUAAUUCCUUUCUAGGACACUGUUAGACUUAAAGCACUUUGGUCUGCACUGCAUGUGUGACAGUUAAACUGUGGACAUGGGACCUGUAUGUUGAAAAAAUAAACAUUUCCUUACACGUC